ACAUGCAUGGUUACUUUGGAGAGGUGUAUAAAAGUUGUGCUGCUUUCAUUUUGAUAACUGAAUUGCAAGAAACAUUAAUGCCAAUAAUGAAUUGCUUGCUGUGGAAGUCAAUUACUCUCCUGAGCCUGGUUUGGGCUGUUGGAGCCAACCAUGUGCUUAGAGGUAACAAAGAACAAGAAAAAAGUAAUUUCAAUAUUUCAUUGGAUAAUUAGAGAAAUAAUGGCCAUAGGUUUCUCCCAAGCUUCAUCAUCCACUCCGACAUGGCUGGAUGAGCUUCGUUGUUCAGGAACUGAGAGCAGACUCAUUAAUAAUAUUGUCCUGCUAACUCUAUCGGAGUUGAAGAUUGCAGACAUUCAGAAGAUGUGGCCUUGAUCUGCCCUGGAAGUACUACAGGUCCUUCAAGUGGAGGUCUGAGGCUGGUAGGCAGCUCAAGCCAAACAGGGGGCUCCUCUGGCAGACUGGAGGUCUAUUACAGUGAUGGACAAUGGGGGACAGUGUGUCAGGACAACUUCAGUCCAAAUGAUGCCAGUGUGGCUUGUUGUCAACUAGGGUUCUCAACCUACAGUCGAUACGGAACAGUUGGAGCGCUAGGUUUCCCCCAACCUGCAUCAUCAUCCACUCGGACAUGGCUGGACGAGCUUGUUUGCUUAGGAACUGAAAGCAGGCUCAUUGAUUGUCCUGCUAACCCUAUCGGAUUUGAAGAUUGCUUCCAUUCAGAAGAUGUGGCAUUGAUCUGUACUAUACAAGCACAAGCACUGCAAGCCCAAAUGGAGACCUGAGGCUGGUAGACAACCCAGGCCGAACAGGAGGCUCCUCUGGCAGACUGGAGGUCUAUUACAAUGGACAAUGGGGGACAGUGUGUCAGGGCAACUUUGGUGUAAAUGAUGCCAUGCAGUGUGGCUUGUCGUCAACUAGGGUUCUCAACCUACACUCGAUUCGGAACAGUUGGAACGCUAGGAUUCUCUCAACCUACAUCAUCAACCACUCGGACAUGGGUGGACGAGCUUCUUUGUCGAGGAACUCGGAGAGCAGACUCAUUGAGUGUCCUGCUAACCCUAUCGGAUUUGAAGAUUGCUUCCAUUCAGAAGAUGUGGCAUUGAUCUGUACUAUACAAGCACAAGCACUGCAAGCCCAAAUGGAGACCUGAGGCUGGUAGACAACCCAGGCCGAACAGGAGGCUCCUCUGGCAGACUGGAGGUCUAUUACAAUGGACAAUGGGGGACAGUGUGUCAGGGCAACUUUGGUGUAAAUGAUGCCAUGCAGUGUGGCUUGUCGUCAACUAGGGUUCUCAACCUACACUCGAUUCGGAACAGUUGGAACGCUAGGAUUCUCUCAACCUACAUCAUCAACCACUCGGACAUGGGUGGACGAGCUUCUUUGUCGAGGAACUCAGAGAGCAGACUCAUUGAGUGUCCUGCUAACCCUAUCGGAGUUGAAGAUUGCUUCCAUUUUGAAGAUAUUGCCUUGAUCUGCACUGGAACAUCGGUAUCCAGCGUAUCUAUCGGUGUUGGAGUGUCUGUUCCUGUUUUCAUCAUCUUUGUCAUUGUGAUUAUCGUUUUGUUCUGUAGUAUCACAAGAAAACGUCGCCUGGCUCACCCCCCACCCAGGAAUCUAAACACUAACACUACCUCGACAGCUACAACGACCGUCACAAAUACACAAAAUACAGCCUACUCCAUGAAUCAAACUCUAAUCAACCUCCCCCUCCAAAUGUUCAUGGACCUCAACCAGCAGCUGCCUACCCGACUGGACAAUAUGCCACCCCCUCGUACCACACGUCCUACCCUCAGCAACCCCCAGCCCCUUAUCCCACGCAAAACCACCCCCUGCACUAUAUUUUUCUGGCAGAGAAGCCCCUCCACCAUAUCCGGGAUAACUAUGGAUACUGCAUGCCCACCAAUAAGAAAAUUAACUGAGGGUGAUAGCAAAUUAGUAUCUGCUGUAUACUUGAUGUCUCAUGCAUAGCUCAAUUUUUAUAUCUCAAUUUUAAUCUCUCCUUCAAUUCUGAAAUAAUGUUAUUUUGUGAAUGAUAAAUAAACACUUAUGAA